UAAAUACAACUGUUAAAUUGUGAAAAAAUCAAACAUUUUAUUCAUUUUCUCCGAUCAACAUCUUUCUUUCCCUCUUCUGUUUCUCCUGGAGUGGGUGAGAGGGUUGGUGAAAUCUGAAAGGAAUCAAAUAUCGUUGGAGUUUGUUGCCUGUCUACUAAGCUGUGACACUCAUCAAAAGCUAUGGACUUCAAUCAACAAGCUCAUCCGGAUUGUGUAUAUUCUGCCAAUCCUUUCCAUGAAUGUGCUUCAGCUUGUUUAGAGAGAAUUGCUCAAGGCCAUGUGAUCAAGAAGACCCCUAAGAAGCAAGGUUCAAAGAUUCUUAGCUUCUCAGGGAGUUUCGGUAGGAAAAAGAAGGAAACGCAUUCGCAACCGCUUUCACCGUUAUCUGCAAAGCCUUAUCAAAACGGUGGAGGCGGUUUUGAAAACGCUAAUACACCAAAGGCUCAUCGUUCGGUGCCUCCAACUGUUGCCGUCAAGAACAAGAACGUUUCUGAUUCGGAUAAGUCUUUCUCCUCUUCUUCAUCCACUGACCCUGAUGACUUCUUUAAGCAUAAACCGGAGAUGAAACUCUCUCAGAUCAUUCCUCUUUCACCUAAACCGGGAAAACAAGACCACAACGUGAAGACUGAAGCAGGCAGAGAAACUACACUGUUUAAUCUCCUAAGCUCUCCAAUACAGCAUGAAAGAGAGAGCAGUGAUGAUUACAACGAUGAUGAUGAUUACAACAAUGAGAUUGGAGUAGAGCUCGAUCUUGAAUCAGUUAUGUCCGACACUUUUGUCUCUGUCGGAAAAUACCGAGUGAGGUCUGGUUCGUCCGCAAUUCUAACCGCUAUCAUCGAGAAACAUGGAGACAUUGCUCAGAACUGUAAGCUGGAGUCGGACUCCAUGCGGUCCCGUUACCUCGAGUGUUUAUGCUCGUUGAUGCAGGAACUCAGGUCAACUCCUGUCGGGCAGUUGACUAAAGUCAAAGUCAAAGAGAUGCUCGCGGUUCUCAAAGACUUGGAGUCUGUGAACAUCGAAGUGGCUUGGCUACGUUCGGUUCUUGAGGAGUUCGCGCGGUUUCAAGAAGAUGCAGAGACUGAGAAAGAGAGGAAAGAGGGUUUAGUGAAGGCUAAGAGAGAGGAGCUCGAAGGUCAAGAAGCGGGUUUGGUUCGGUUGGAGGAGGAAGUGGCCAAAGCUAGGUUGAGGAUCAUGGAGACACGGGCCGUGAUGGUCGAGAUGGAGAGGGAACGGUCGAGGAUGGAGAAAAUGGGAUUCGAAAUGGAGAAGUUUAAAGGGAAAACGUUUUUAGAUGAGCUUCUGUGAGGGUGUGAUGUUGUUAGUAGUAAGUAGUAGCACAAAAUCAAAAAAUACUCUAAAUGAGUUGUUUUCAAAGGUUAGGCUUUAAGUAUAUGGGAAAGCUUUUUCACUAAGGUGAAUGUUUGCUUAUUAGUAGUAGCUUGUGGAUGCUGUUGAAGUCUUUUUUGUUGAGAUAUCUUGUUUUUUGUACUAAUAAAUAAAUAUGUUUGGCUUUGUGAUGCAAGGUGGAUGUUUAUUUAUUAGUAGUAACUUGUGAAGGUGUUGAAGUC